CUAGACAGUAAAAAUCCAUCUUGGUUAAUUACUCAAAAAAAUCCGAAAGUUGGUAAAUCACGAGUACAUUUUACUGGUAAAUUUCCAUCAGAGCAGCGCUACAGUGUUUUUCACAACGCAUGCGCCGGACCCAUACUCUGUCACCUGCACGCUGCAUUACCAGUAUCCUUUUCGCUUUUUGGUUCAACAAAGAUGGCCACACACAAGAAAAAGACUAGGAAGCUUCGUGGUCAUGUCAGCCAUGGUCAUGGACGAAUUGGUAAACACAGAAAACAUCCCGGAGGUCGUGGUAACGCUGGUGGUCUCCAUCACCACCGAAUAAACUUUGACAAAUACCAUCCCGGGUACUUCGGAAAGCUUGGUAUGAGAAAUUACCACGUUCGUAAAAACUCGACAUGGUGUCCAACUCUUAAUCUGGACAAAUUGUGGACGCUAGUCUCUGAACAAACCAGAUUGAGAUACAAAGAUAACACGAACGGAAAAGUUCCAGUUAUUGAUCUUUCCAAAGCUGGUUACUACAAACUUUUAGGCAAAGGCCGUUUACCUGAUCAACCCGUUAUUGUUAAGGCCAAAUUCUUCAGUAAAAAAGCAGAAGACAAAAUCAAGGCUGUUGGUGGUGCUUGUGUCCUCAGCGCUUAAUCACUGUUAUCGAGACUUGAAGUGACUUGAAGAACUUGAUUGAGACAAAGCUUAUCAUCUUAAAUAAAACCAGUUUUUUUCAAUAACU